CUUGUUGGAAGAAAUGAUCUCAUCCUUUCUCCCUGAUCUUUCUUGGUCUUAUGUUUGUUUCUUGCUGUGUGAUUCUGAAAGGAGCUAAAACUCACUCAGUGGGUUGAAGGGCUACGUUGGCUGAUUCUCCACUGAGUUGCUCUGAUACAGACGUCCUGAAAGAGAAAGUGGAGUUUGGACUGAAGGAGCCGUUACAGAGAAACAGCACAGCAGCAGUUGGAGGAAAUGGCUGCUAGAAACCCUCUUUCAGAAGAAGAGCUUUCAUGUCCUGUGUGCUGUGAUAUCUUCAGGGAUCCUGUUGUUCUGUCAUGCAGCCACAUUGUGUGUAAAACCUGCCUGCAGCAGUUCUGGGGAACUAAGGGGUCUCAAGAAUGUCCAGUCUGUAGAAGGAGAUCCUAUAAAGAUGAUCCCCGUUUUUGUCUUACACUGAAGAGCCUUUGUGAAGCUUUUCUAGAGAGCAGGAAACAGAGAUCUUCAGCGAGGUCGUCUAAGAAAAAACUCAAGAUUGCUUUGAGGUCUCUGCAGGAUCAUCUGACCGUCUUAGAGGAAGCUAAACGAGACUAUGACCAAACAGCCACCCACAUUAAGAUGCAGGCCCAGCACACAGAGAGGCAGAUAAAGGAGGAGUUUGAGAAGCUUCACCAGUUUCUAAGAGAUGAAGAAGCAGCAAGGAUAGCUGCACUGAAGGAGGAAGAGGAGCAGAAGAGUCAGAUGAUGAGGAGGAAGAUUGAGGAGAUGAAUGGAGAAAUAUCAGCUCUUUCAGACACAAUCAGGAACAUAGAGAAGGAGAUGGAGGCUGAGGACGUUCUGUUCUUACAGAACUUCAAGUCCACAGAGAAACAAGCUCAGCUCACACCAAAGGAUCCAGAGAAGACAUCAGGAGCUCUGAUCAAUGUUGGGAAGCACCUUUCCAACCUGAAGUUCAGAGUGUGGGAGAACAUGCAGGAGGUUCUCCAGUACACCCCUGUUACUCUGGACCCCAACACUGCACAUCCACACCUCCACUUGUCUGAUGAUCUCACUGCUGUAGAAAACAUAAACCAGAGAUCAUCACUUCCUGAUAAUCCAGAGAGAAUUGAUAAGUGGGAUUGUGUUCUGGGUUCUGAGGGUUUUAACUCGGGGACACACUGCUGGGACGUCCAGGUUGGAGACAGUGAUAACUGGGCAGUUGGUGUGAUUCCAGAGUCUGGAAGAAGAAAAGGAUACACUUUCGUUGAUCCAGUUUGGAGUCUGUAUUAUUAUGCAGGUCAAUACUGGAUACGCUGCCCAGGACAGCUGCAUCCCUCCCUACCACCUACAGAGAAGCUGCAGAGGGUCAGAGUGCAGCUGGACUGGGACAGGGGGAAAGUGACCUUCACUGAUCUUCUAACCAACACACACCUGCACACUAUAACACACACUUUCACUCAGAGAGUUUUACCGUAUUUCUGGAAUGUGUCUGUUCAUCCUCUGAGGAUCUUACCACUGAAGACGUCAGUAACAGUGGAGCAGCACAGUUAAAGCUGAAGCUGCUUAGAAUGAACAUUUGUAAGGUAGUGAGUGUCUGAAUUAUGAUCAUAAGAAUAUGUCACGUUUUCAGUGUAGAUUUUAUUUCUCUAUCAUCCUGCAUUUUUCUCCAUCAUUAGAUCUUUAAAGCUCUGCUGUGGUUCAGAGAUUAAUAGUUUACUGUCUGAAAUAAACUGCAUUAUAUUAGAAACUUUGCAGCUGCUUGCAUGUUGUGUAUUGAACACUGAGGGGACAGAGUUGGUGCACUGAAAAUGAAUUGAUCAUAAACCAUCAUGACAUUGACGCUGGCCUGUGUCUCAGUGCAGUUAAAGAUGCUGUGCUCCGGCUGGAGAGAAAGACAUUAUCCUCUGGAAGGAAUUUAUCUAGAAAAAAAUGACUUCUAUAGGAACUGUUUACAUCCUGAAUAGUGACUAUUCAAAAUAAUUCUUGGAAUCUGAAGACUGCAAACUGCCUCUGUCAUUUAAAAGUGAAGGGAAAGCUUGUAAGCACUGUGGACCAGAGACAGACGGCCCAACACACACCCAAACACUGAGCCCUGUGGAGCUGAAAGUAGCUCUGCUACCAACACCUGCAUGACUCAAAGUGUUUAUGGAGAACAGAGUCACUCUGUGGAGCAAACACAUCACACCAAGAAGAAUCAGUUACACGAAGGAGACAUUCUGAAAACCUGAGCUACUGCACUGACCACACCAGCUGUGGGGGUGAGCCAGAGUUUCUCUGAUGGAAGCUUCAAUCUCAGACCUCUGUUAGAGAACCAUAAUGCCUGUCCAGAAUAAACUGAGCCACUCUA